UUUAUGUUUACUGACAAGCUGUGAAUAACAGGUGAAGCAAACAACCUUCUCGACCGAAAUUAUUUAAUAAGACUGUUAAACUUUCAAUUUAAAACCCAAAUUCAGGUGUUGAGCUAAUAUUAAUUUAGAAACUUCAACGUUUUUGUAAUAAAGUCAAUAUUUUAAAUUUCUACGAAACUUUCCAACCUUUUCGAUGUCAUCCCCACCCCCACCAAAAAAGGGCCGAUUCGAUCUAGGGAAGAAACUCUUCGAGCAAUACGAAGCCGGACAGAAUGUGGACACGACCGUCAUUGUGGCAGACCAGAAGUUGUUUGUUCACAAAAAUGUGCUUAUCGGAGUGUCAAACGAGUUCCGCGAUCAAUUCAGAGAGAAGCAAAGCAGCAAUGCGAAGAAUGAUGACAUUACCGUGAUUGAAUUUCCUAAAGAGACAUCGGUCGAAGUGGCCAAAGCGUUCAUAAAGGUCAUAUACAUGCAAGAGAUGGAUCUGGACGCUGAUUUCAAUCAAAUUUUAGACGUGUUGACCCUAUGUGACAGAUAUCUCGUCGACGAACUACUGCUCGUGGAUCUUGUCCCUUCCUUUCGCGACAAAAUAAAUGCCGACAAUUGUGUCCAAGUAUGUGAGGCGAGUUUCAACCUGGGGAUAUCGCAAGACAUGUUGCUGCAAGCUGGACUCAUAUGCUUAACCAUAAAUCUUGCUACCAUUUUCGAUCGUUCCGGAGCUACUAUGAGUGACAAAUUGUGGGACAGGAUUCUUCAAAUUGAAAUUGCAGGACAGGAUGUUAACGUUACUAUUAGCGAAUCCAAACUGUUUGAAAAUCUGUUAAAAUGGCGACAAGUCGAUGAGUCAAGAGAAGAACACUUCCAAAAGCUCUUGUCGCUCGUUCGCUUCCCGUUAAUGACGUUGGAAACAAUUGCUCGAAUUGUGGCACCAUCUGGCGUCUUAUGCGAUACAGAUUUGACUGAUAUUUACACUUACAUCGUUGGCGGUGGUAUAAAUUGGAAACGAAUUCCGAGAUUCGUCACUCGUUCCAGAAGAAUCCAACUUGCCAAGAAUUCUGCAGAACUUAAAGAAAUUUUAAAACGCGCCAAACCCAACGCCUAUAUCCAACUCAAUCCAGAUGAGUACGUGAUCGAGGAAAGACUCUGCAUUCCGGGCAAAGUCACCUUGACCGGAGCAACCAAUGGCACGACUACCAUUAAAAGGAUAGUGUCCAACAAAUCCGGCCCAGCCAUCUGUAUACAAUCCAAUGACGUACAUAUUUCGAACCUUCGCAUUCUCUCUGAAGCUAGGAAUCCAGCCAAGGAGGCAGUGAAAGCUUGGGGAUUGACACUUCUUGGGUCUCGGAACGUCAUACAAAAUGUGACCUUGGAAAAGUGCACCCUAUACCUUGCGGGUCGAGGUCGAUACAACACAAUCAGUCAAGUGACCUGUGAGAAAGGCGAAAUUGGAAUCUUGAUAUCCGGCGAGGGGCAGGCUGAACUCUCAGAGAAUUGCUUAUCCGACUUGAAACUGAAAUCCGUUAACGUUGGGAUUUUUAUAAAUGAGAACGUCAAUGGAACCAGGAUGAAGAACAUUCACUGUACAAAUGUUUCGACAGGGUUCAACUUACGAUCAAAUCACAACAUUGUUUCCAACCUGAUCUACGAAUUUUCCGAGGUUUGCGAUGACACGGAUCAAAUCGCAGUCAAUAUUUGUAGAGGAAGUUCCAACAUGGUGAGUAAUGUCGUGUGCGAGCCGACCACUAAUUCCGAGAAAACCUUUGCCAUCAAAAUUAAUAAAUCAGACGACUCGCGAGACGCGAAGAAGAACACGAUCAACGGGUGCGUUGGAGGUGCGGUUGAUCUGGGGGGCGAAUUCAACACGUUGAAUAAUGUGGAUGCCGGACACAGGAUGACAAUUCGUGGAGAAGGUCAUAAACUAGAGAAUUGUAAGGCGGAGCGAUGCAUAAAUAAUAAUUCUAGUGGAGUGGUAUUGAUCGGGUGCAAUUUUGUAAACGGUGACGAAUUUACUUAAGCGUUAUGAAUUUUUCGUUUACUUUUGACCUUGUUUUUUUUAACUUACAUUCGAUAAGGUAAGAUACUAAGUUACUAAGUUUUGUCUUUUUUGACCCACUGUUCAUUAUUUUAUUUCUUAGAUAACAUUACACAUUGCAAUGAUUUGUGCAUUUAUUAUUUUCACAUGAAUUAACCGCAAAAUAAAACUGUUUACUACAAUAC